UGGGGGGUCGUGAUUGCAUUGAUGGAGGCGGACCUGAACGUCCCCAAGUUGGAACGGUCAUUGUCACAGGGCUGCACUGACCGCCGUGGAGCCGGCCGAAAAAAUGCCCCAAGUUCACCCGCAUCAUCAAUGCCAGCACUGCAGGGAAAGGGCAGCACCAAUGCAUUCACGGAGACAGUCAAAGGAGUGGGUCCUGGUGCAGCAGCGUUGUUUGCGACCAAGGCCUUCAAAGCCAUGUCGCAAGAAGAAAAACUCAAGACUUUCCUGGAACUUGAACUCCACAAGGUCCAUUUGGUGCCUGAGGGAAAGAAGCGAAGAACUGGGCCUGGGCCCGACCAUUAUCAAGGGCCUGAAACCACCAAAGAAGAAAAAAUCCAACUGCUCUCUCCAGCGGAGAUGUUUGCCGCCGAUGCCUUCUUGGAGGUUGGCGGCUUCAGUGCUUUGAACCACGGCAGCCAGGCUUGGGCCUUCACCAAGAAGCCGCCCAAACCAUUGCCCAUGAAGCAGGUGUGCAAUGGUUUGAGGCACCUCAGACACGAGGAGAUGUCCGGCUUGAAGAAUCAGCGUCGGAAUCAGGAAACCUGCCAGCAGCUCUUCAAAAAGGGCUGGGUGCAGCAGCCCUUCCGCGUGAUCCGCGGCAUGGACUACAUGUACAACCAGCAGCAGGCGAAGGCCAUGAGAAUGGCACUGGAUGCAGGAGAGGAGGGUGAAGAUGGCGAGGAUGCAGAUGCAGACGUGGCAGCUGCACGCUAUCAAACUAUCGAGGAGAAGCUGCGCAAGGCCACUUUCUUCAAGGACAUGGAGCGGCAGAAGAAGGGCAUCAUCCACAAGUUGGCCAAGGUGUCCAGAAUCCACGAGGAGUGUGCAGGACAAGUGCUUUUCCGCCAGGGAGAUCGAGCUGCAGGCGUGUACCUUCUGACACAGGGUUCUUCAGCUGUCUUGGUCCGCGACCCCUCCAAGCCUGAGACACCUCGCCAGAAGGAUGUGAAGGGCUUAUCCACUCUGACGCAAGUGCGGCAUGGGUCCACAGCGACAUUUGUUUGCGACGUGGACGCGGAGGCUAAGACGGAGAGCAGGCCUGGUCCUGCUGUGUCAAGCUGUCACGCCGUGGUCGGUAGAUCUUCCGGACCGUUGCUUGAGGCGUGGUGCCUAGGAGUAUCGGCCACCGCAGCUUGGUUCUCCAACCUGGUGGGUGGAGAAAUGGAUGUUUUCGUGGUGAAUGGAUUGCCAGAGAGUACUAGAUACAAGUAA